AUGCCUCAAAAGAUGAGUGAAAUGUGCAAUCCUUCAUAUAUUGAAAAUGACGUAGAAAGUGAUCACAUUCCACAAACGAUUGAAUUAAGAACUGGCCCGGUUCACACACAGCACAUAUUCGUUAGAUAUGAUAUCAGUAGAAUUGAUUGGAAUCACUUCAAUUUUUUCAUCAGAAUGAAACUUGGUGGUAUAGAUUCUUUGAGGAUUUCGAAACCGAAAGAUAUCGAUAACCUGGAUAACAAAUUAAGAUGCUUAUUACUGAGUUAUCUGGAAAAUUAUGGAAAAAGAAAAAAUCUCCUACAGCAGGAGAAUAUGAUAAUAGGAGUAGAAGAACGUUCUCUACGUCAGGAGAAGAAUAAAUUAGAAAAUAAGUUAAGGAGGUGUUGGGAUUUCUUUGACUCCCAAGAACUUAAAGUUCAGAUCAAGUUAAUAAAGAGGAAGAUAAUAGAUGUUGUAAAGAAGAAUGAAGAAAAAAUAUGGAAAAGGGAAUGUUCAAAGCUACAUCGACAGAAUCCAAAAUUUUGGAAACUAUUUGCAAGAAUGGUUUCGCCAAGUAAUGAAAAAGAAGAAAUUUCUCUGAAAUCAGAUGAUGGUUUCACUAUUCCGAAGGAAGAAAUACCGGAUAUAUUACAUCGAAGAGGAUCUUUUAAGGAUCAUAUCAAAACACGAAGAGAGAAAGCUACAGGAAUGUUGAAAUUUUUAACUCGAUUUCAUUUGGAGCCUGAAACUUUCCUUUUUGUGUAUUCUACAUGUAUUGAGCCAUUCUUGAUAUAUGGCUAUCAAGGAUGGUAUAGAUCCGAAGAAAGUAGCAUUUUUGUAAAAAAAUUGGAAAAGACCAGAAGAUUUGCUAUUAAAUUGGCAUUUGGAUCGGACUUAAAUUCAAAAAUCGAAAAUGCUUAUGACGUUAAACGUUUCACAAAAUCAAUUCACAAACGUGCAAUUAACGAUCUUAAAUUUAACAAACAGAAGAUUCUUGGAAUUAAUCCAAAUUAUGGAAGAAGUUCUCGUUUUUCGAAACUCAGAUAUUCAUCAAUUGAUUCUGAAAUCAUUAUCUGGAUAGAUUACAUGGAAUUUAUUGGAGUUUGCCUCAAUGAGGAGAUAAUUUUAUCUGAAGCAGCUAAAUUUGCUGCGUUAAACGGUCUCUCCGAAUUUAAAUCCAUCUCGAAACACUUACCAACAUCCCACACCCAACAUGGCUUCAAACCACUGCACUCAACAACCACUCACUUAACAACGCUUUCCCAGUUCGUCCUGGACGGCUUCAAUGUGAAGAGGCCCCCUAAACGAACAGUUCUAGCUUCCAUCGACAUAUCUAAAGCUUUUGACAGCGUCCCCCGUUGCGGUCUCACCAAGAAAAUUCUCACGACCGGCCUAGACUCAAACUACAAAUCCUGGCUUGCUAACUUCUUAUCGGGCCGCAUGGGCUACGUCUCCCUCAUGGACCAUUGUUCCAAACAACGCUAUCUUCCAAACGGGGUACCGCAGGGUUCCGUGCUGUCUCCAUCCCUGUUCAAUCUUUACUUGCACGACUUCCCGGCAAACGACCCUAACAACUUGACACUAUCUUACGCUGACGACAUUAUUAUUGCCUCAAAACACGAAGACUACAAAGCUGCCUCCUUCAACCUUCAGCAACAACUCCACUCCGUUGAGAAUUGGCUCUGA